UUGUGGGUUAUUCGAUAAAUUUUCACAUUUUAUAGGAAAAACCAUGGAGAACAUGCGGAAGCGAACCCGCAUUGAGCUAAUCUCCAGUUCCAAACGUCUACUCAAGCUCGUAAACCAACCAACCUUCAACGACUGUAUCAAAUGCGGUGAGAGGUUGUGCGCUGUCAUAAUGUACACAAAGAUUGUAAAGUUUAUCAAACCAAUAUAUGUCGGUUUAGCAGUGCAUGACAUUAGCAAGACGCUAAUGUACAAGUACUUCUACGACGUAUUGAAACCACAUUAUGGCAACGCAAUCGAAUUGGUUUACAUGGAUACUGACUCCUUCAUAUACCUGCUCAGAGUCGGCGACUUCUACCAGGAUUUAGCUGAUAGCCCCGAUUUACUUGUACACGUGGACGCAUCUAGCCUGUCCAUGGAUCACCCUUGCUACUCCACCGAUAGAAAGAAGAUGCCCGGCUUGUUUUCAGACGAGACCAGUGGCCUCACCCUCUUUGAGGUCGCUGCACUUCGAUCAAAGGGCUACGCAUAUGUCAUAGAAGGCAGCUAACUCAUAAAGUCUAAGGGGAUCCUAGGG